AUGAUGGACCCCCAGGUGUGUGCCGGCCAGGGGAAGCCCAGCCUGUCCUUUUCCAUUGAGGAAAUCUUAAAGAAACCUUCUGCCAGCACCGCCCUAAGCAGUGAAACCAGAAACAGAAGUAGCUAUGCUGAGAGAUCUCCAGCCCUAAAAACAGGGUCACCGCUGACCUUUGAUUCCAGCAGCAGGAGUCGAUUAGACUGUGACUUAUCUUCAGCCAAAAUGCUUCUCCCUGCCACCUGUGCAACACCCGUGGCCAGGGCAAAGAAAGUGCAGGCAACUCACUGCAGGAGACCUACUGACAGUCCAGCUUCCCUCCAGGGUGAAGACAUGGGACAUGAACACCUGGAAGGCAAAAGAAAACACGAGGAAGAGAGAGAUCAGCGAUGCGAUUUCCCAGAGGACCAUCCACUUCAUGUUGAGAGGAAAGGGAAACGGAGAAUCCGGACAACGUUCACAGCUGAGCAGCUCCAGGAACUGGAGAAGAUUUUUCAAGUGACUCAUUACCCGGAUGUCCAUAUUCGCAAUCAACUGGCAGCAAAGAUAAACCUCCCAGAAGCCAGAGUUCAGGCUCCUAGCUUGAUGCCAAGAAAGCUUGCUGCUACCAUCCCUGCUGUGGGAUACUACUCACCACUGCAAGGGCACUUGGCAACUGCCUGGCUGCCCACCACGCUCUCCUUCAUCCCCCACCACUUGGAGCUGCUGCCCUUCCAAAAACCGUACUUGCUCUUCAAUGUCGUCCCCCCUUAUGGCAUGCCGCUACCCCACAAGUUGGAAACGAGCAGUAUCUGCGCCAGCUCAACAUAG